GGUUUGCGAUCGCAACAGUUACACAAGUGCGUUAGACGCGGAUUAACCGGUUUAAAGUAUACAAGUAAAGAGUGAUCAUUCUGAAAGCCGAAUUAAGUGUACUAUCGAACGAUAAAAGAUGAGGAGCAGUGAUUUCAAGUUAAAAACUUUAAGUUUGACAUAGUUAAAAGUGUAUCGAAGGCAUUCCUUCAGCGAAAUUAAAGUUGCGUACAUUUGCAAAAAUCUCGAACGUACUCGGUUACGGAUCAGCAUACAGAAUUGUACGAUCCAGUGCGAUAAUGCUUAUGAACGUAUAGACAGAAUGAACACAUUCUUCGAUUCAUUCGUUAUCGCCGGUUUGGUCGAUUGUUGAUUGAAAGAGUGGAAAGGAAAAGAAACGUUCCAACAGAAUUUGUCUCUCCGACAGAAAAUUUGUGAAUCAACGACAAGCGAAAUAAUUCUCGAGCUUCAAGAUGACCAGUUUAAGCAGAUUAUACUACGCUACUACGCUGUAUUUCGUAAAUCGUAAUUGAAGUGAUUUGACUUAUUCCCAGCGAACAAACAAUAGCACCCUAAUUCUAAUCGACGAAGUAUGUUAUCUGCUUGAGAUCGUCAAGUGAAAUAGGUUCCCAUUCCAGAACAAACGAUUAAAGUGAUUGAAAAGACUACCCUCGGCAUUUUCGCCUAUCAAUAUGAUCCGAGACGCUUACUACUGUUGACAAUUGUGGUGACCAAGUGCCGUGUGUGAGUAAGUACUGAAUACCACAGUAAAUCUGAGAGGUGUUAAGACAUGACCAGUGGAAGACCGUCCCAGUUAGCGGCUAUGCAAAUGGACGCAAUUACCGUAUACCAUGCUGUACAAGAUCAGAGCAGACGUGGAAGUGCAAGAUCGGAGACAGGGUUCGAGUUUCGAAAUAUGGUACAUGACGACUUUGAGGAAUUGUUCAAGACCAUGCCGCUGACCAGAGAUACAACGUGCGGGUUUUGGUUUUUGAAGGGAAAAUGUCUCCAGAUGUUCGCUAACAAAAAAGCUUUCGUCUUCUUGACCGGAGUUAUCGGAUGUCUAGUUACCGGAUCCUAUUCCUAUUUUAGCGGCACAAUAAGCACCAUCGAGAAAAGAUUCAAAAUUCCCAGCCGGAACACCGGAAUCAUCUCCGUCGGCAAUGACAUCAGUUCUCUGUUCCUGUCAGCUCUGUUGAGCUACUACGCUGGAAAAGGUCACCGACCGAGGUGGAUAGCGUUCAGUCUGCUCACCAUUGUUCUUUUCUGCUGGUUGAACGCACUCCCCCAUCUGAUCUACGGACCGGGUGAAGGAGCGCUUUCUUUGACUACCGACUAUGAUGGUAGUUUUGGCGAAAACCGAACUGAGGUUAGAAAAGCGCAAGUACUUUGCCGUCUCAAAGGUAACCAGGGUACCGAAUGCGAAACCGAGGAGGCUAAUUUUGCUCCGCAAGUGAUCCUGUUUAUCGCCCAACUUAUCUCCGGUGUCGGAAGCACGAUGCACUAUACUCUAGGUGUUUCCUACAUGGAUGACAACAUAAAAAAAUCGAAAUCUCCAGCACUUGUGAGUAUUUCAUUUUUCAUGAGGAUGCUCGGACCAGCUAUGGGAUACACGCUGGCGUCUUACUGCUUGGAGCUGUACAUUUCCCCGACAAUGACUCCAACGAUCACGAAAGAGGAUCCCCGAUGGUUAGGUGCCUGGUGGAUCGGAUGGUUAAUUUUGGGAUUCGCAAUGGCACUAUUUGCCUUACUCAUUGGGUUAUUCCCAAAACAGCUCCCAAGAGUUGCUGUACGAAAAAGAAUAACAGCUGAAAAACUAAAACUAGGAAUGAAACUCAUUGAGUCGGAAAAGGAAGUUGUACAACCGACAUCUUUCGCUGAUAUGAUCCACACGUUCAAGCGUUUGGCGAAGAACAAAAUCCUCAUGCUGAAUAAUUUUGCAGCAGUUUUCUAUUUCUUUGGUUUCAUGCCAUAUUGGGUGUUCACUCCGAAGUAUAUUGAGACGCAGUACAAAGAAUCCGCAUCUACAUCUAACUUUGUAACAGGAACAGUGGCAUUAGCGUUUUCCGCUGUUGGAAUUCUAGUAUCCGGUGUAGUGAUUACUAGAUACAGGCCACGAGCGCGUUACCUGGCGGCAUGGAAUGUACUAGUUGGAGCUCUAUCCGUGAUGGGAAUGGUAAUUUACGCCUUUCUGGGAUGCAGUGCUAGCGAGAGUUCUGUUAUCAUUAACCUGCCAUCCACAACUGAUCUAACUCCUACCUGCAACUCAGCCUGUCAGUGUGAUUUUGUACAAUACUCACCGAUUUGUGGAGAAGACGGGAAUACGUAUAUCACCGCGUGUCAUGCUGGGUGCAAACAGCAGCAUCGAAUCGGAGACAUCACGCAAUACGACGAUUGCGCUUGUAUAUUCGCCAGAGAUAUCUUCCCACGCCAACCCGUUCCUGAGAUGAUACAGUCAACUAACAGUAGCAUAAACCAUCCGUUCUCGCCCGCAUUCACGAACACACAGACGGGUGGCGGUAAAGCCAUUUCCGGUCCAUGUCCUCUGAACUGCAAGCGGGAAUUCGUUACCUUCUUGGCGGUAAUGUGUUUCCUGAAGUUUAUCGGCGCGUCAGGGCUGACCAGCAACUUGCUGGUGUCGGUGCGAUGCGUCCAAGUGGAGGACAAAACCGUAUCGAUCGGUCUCGGAAUGUUCAUGCUGAGUCUGAUGGCACUCAUACCGAGUCCGAUCUUUUUUGGACACGUCCUGGAUGCGACUUGUCUAGUGUGGGGUAAAACGUGCUCGGGUCAGGGCAACUGCUGGCUGUAUGAUGGAGAGUCUUUGAGGUACCUUUUGAAUUUCACUGCGGCAGCGUUUGUUCUACUGGGGACACUGUUGGACAGUGGUGUUUGGUUUUACGUGAAAGAUCUGAAGAUAUUCAAUGAGGAGACAAAGGACUCAAAAGAUAGUAAUAAUUUUUCUAACACGAACGUUACUAAGUGAGCGUUCUAUGCGUAAUGUUUUGUUCUAUAAUUUGUUAAAAAAGCGAC